AUGUCGCGCAAGGGCGUCGGCAUCGGCGCCUUCGACCGGUCGCGGCUCACGUCGGCGCACUACGCCUCGCACGGCUCCUCGCUGCGGGCCACCAACGCCCAGGCGCUCGAGACGCAGCUGUCCGUCUUCCGCUCGCUGCUGCAGCAGUUUGCCCAGACGCACGCAAAGGACAUUCGCUCCGACCCGUCGUUCCGCGCCCAGUUUGCCCGCAUGUGCACCGCCAUUGGCGUGGAUCCCCUCGCCAGCAGCGCCGGGUCCAUCUGGGCCCAGCUGCUGGGCAAGACGGUCAACGACUUUUACUUCGGGCUGGCGGUGCGCGUCGUCGAGGUUUGUGGCGCGACCAGGGGCGAGAACGGCGGGUUGAUUGGGCUGCGCGAGCUGAGGGAGCGACUCUCGCGACGGGGCCCGGCCGACGAGGGUAACAGCAACAGCAGCAGCAGCAGCAGCAGCAGCAGCAGCAGCAGCGCCGCGUGGUCGCCGGACAAGGACAAGGGCAAGCAACGGGGGGAACAACAACAAACGUCGGAAGGCGGUGGCGACAUCUCGGAAGACGACGUGCGGCGCGCCGUUGAGACGCUCAAACCGCUCGGCGGCAGCUACGGCAUCGUGCGCGUCGGGCGCAAGGAGUACAUCCGCAGCGUGCCGCGCGAGCUGAGCAGCGACCAGGCUGCCGUCGUCGAGGCCGUCCAGGUGCUCGGCUACGUCAGCGUCGGCAUGCUGCGCGACAACCUCGGCUGGGAGGCCGCCCGCUGCCGCACCGUCAUCGACGACCUCGUCGCCCAGGGCAUGCUGUGGGUCGACCAGCAGACGCGCGGCGAGUGGGAGUACUGGAGUCCCAGCUUCAUGGUCGACACGGAUGGGAGCGUUGUCGAAGGCGGCGGCGGCGGCGGCGGGUGA